GGCAAUGGCGACCGUCCGCCGAUUUCAGAAUAGCACACGAAAAAAAUGAAUCGAUGUUCGUAAUACAAGUAGGACAUAGCCUUAAACCCUUCGUGAGAUGACCGCAGACCAUAUCGAUGGUGAUGAAGACACUUCAUGGCUUCAUCUUGGUGGACGAUGGCCGGCAGAGACCGAAGACAGGAGACAGACGAUGACCAUUCGUGGCGAACAAUGGUCGGCGCUUUGCGAGCGCAACUUGCCUAGCUUUGUUGAGUGGCGUAUCGGUCAGUCUUCACGUGGGUUGACAAUAAGGGCUAUAGCCGCUAGCGCACAGGCACAGGUAGCGUCGCGGGAAGAGCACAAGUGCGAAGUUGGUGAAUGUACGAGCUGCGGCAGCGGCCGAAGGAGUCGAGUACAAGAGAAGUGUCGCCCGCAUCGGGAGGACAAUGGAAAGUGAGAGUGGCGGGAGCAACUGAGUUGACAGGACGGGGGCAAAGUGCGACGUCCUAACGCCACAUCUGAGAAUUCUCAACCACGGGAAAUCCCGAGAGCCGCGUUCGAUGGCUGGGGGAGGAUUGAUGUCUGC